CUGAAACAGUUUUUACUAUUGCUCCUUGGCGUUGCUACAGCACACACAUGAAUAUGUCUCGCUUUACUUCAUGUUUUUCAGAAAUUUUGGAAGACGUCAAUGACGCACACGAGAAGAUCAUUAAACUUCUGGCCGAAGGCAAGAACAAGGAGGCCCUCGAGUCUUACACAGAUGAUUGCGUUAUUAUGCCACCAGGACGAGAAGUUCUUCAGGGAAAAGACGGUAUAAACAUAUAACAGUCUUCGUUCUUCCUCAAAUGAUUUGAAACAAAACAAUGGCUGCUUUUUGCCGCCAAAACAAUGUUUUGUGAUGUGUACACCUUUACAAACCAUGGCAGGAAACAAUGUUUUCUGGUUUAUUGAACAGGAUUUACAUAUAUAGAGGAUAUUACACAGUGGCGCGAAGAUACGACUCGGUGCGCGGAAAAAAUACAUGCAUGGGUGCGCGGAAAUACCAGAUUUAUUUCGAGUGUUGACUGACAUGAUAUCUCAGAUAUCAUGUUCAAGCAGAAGCAUGUUCUGCAGAAGAAAAACGGUCGUUUAUCAUAUAUUUGAUAUGAAAAUAAUUAAGUUUAAAGGAUUAAGAGGUAACAUAGCUGGGUUUAUGAUUUGGAAAAGUUCUAAGACUAAGAACCAAUUUAAAUAGCAUUGUCCCAGCUUGAAAUGUAAGCGUUGUACACGUGUUGCAUCAUAAUCUGUAUUUUAAUUACUGUUCAAACAGAGCGAUGGCGACGUAUAUUUCUUGCAUAUUAAUGUGAUAUCAAGCCGUCCACGUUGCAUUUUCGUCCGGCUUGAUGAGGUUCUUAAAGUGGCACUCGCAUCAAAAUUUUUAUUUUCUUAAACGAAAAUGCUCUUAAAAGUGUAUAUAUAGUAACAUAUUUUGAAGAUUUUUGUUUCCAUGCUUAGUUCUUGAGAUAUUUCAUUUUGAUAUUUGUGGUGUCACGGUCCGUAUACUAGAUUAAGCUUUGCUUAAGUUCGCUAUUAUCUUUUCCUGUGGCUAGCUUUUCUGAAGUUCAUUGAAGCUUCGGUGGAAUUGCAAAGCAAAGUUGACAAAACAGAAAACGUGGAAGAAGCGGCGUUUGGCGAGGGAGACCUAGUCACAUCACGCAGCAAAGAAAUUGUCUAUGGAAAGGAUGGAUCUGUCAUUUUCAAGAGAAAGUAAGUUUAUAGUUUACGUGGUGGUCCAGUGUAGGUAGUAUUCUACAAUAAGCUGCCGUGGUUUGUGUCUGAACUACCUGAAAAAGAUAUCUCAAACGUGGUGGUCCAGUGUAGGUAGUAUUCUACAAUAAGCUGCCGUGGUUUGUGUCUGAACUACCUGAAAAAGAUAUCUCAAACGUGGUGGUCCAGUGUAGGUAGUAUUCUGCAAUAAGCUGUCGUGGUUUGUGUCUGAACUACCUAAAAAGAUAUCUCAAACGUGGUGGUCCAGUGUAGGUAGUAUUCUACAAUAAGCUGUCGUGGUUUGUGUCUGAAAUACCUGAAAAAGAUAUCUCAAACGUGGUGGUCCAGUGUAGGUAGUAUUCUACAAUAAGCUGUCGUGGUCUGUGUCUGAAAUACCUGAAAAAGAUAUCUCAAACAUGGUGGUCCAGUGUAGGUAGUAUUCUACAAUAAGCUGCCGUGGUUUGUGUCUAAUCUAGACUCCCAUGCACAAGAACCACAGAAACUUAUAAGCUUAUUGCAGAAUACUGUAUCCAAAACGAACCCGGCCCUAUGUCAAAUUUGAGCUUCUUCAAACGUCCGCUUAAGUGAACCUAUACAUUCUUUUGCAGGGCAUUGACAGUUUGGAAAAAGGUCGAUGGCAAAUAUUUAGUACACAAUGUCAUCUGGAAUACAGAUGCACCUCUGAAUGUGUAAUUUCAAAGACGUGGCACAAACCUAAAUUUAAGAAGAAGUAGUUUGAAAAGUUUUUCAAUAAAAACUCUUCAUUGAUAUUUAAUUCUGAA